AUGGCUUUCUCGGUGCAGUUCUUGGUCUGCGCAUCAAACAGCAGCAUCAACCCCAAUGACCCUAUCCCAAGGCUUUCAUGCAUUGGGUCAGCUCCCAGUUCUCCCCACGCCCUCAAAGAAGCAAUCCGCGGGGGUAUCGACCUCCCACCCAAGUUACUGGAAAUCAACGCUGCUCUACGCCGCAAACGAGCCCACGAUAUCGACCUGGAGAAAUCCCGCAGGCACCGCGCAAAACGACGUGCCCAAGAUCCAAUCAGUUAUAAGCAGCGCGUUCCUUCUGAUAAGAAGUCCUGGAGUCUGAAGAGCCCCGACAAAGUCCUGAAGAUUGCCGCGAAAGUCCAAGAGAAGAAUGAAUCCACAAAUCGCUUUGUGUAUGGCACAUGCGAGGAGCCUUUUCAAACCCAGGCCGCCCUUGAUGCACACCUGAACACCGAAAAACACGCAAAACGAGCGGCCGGUAUGCAGUUAGCUCCUCUAUCUAUGUUUGCUCAGAACCUGAAGAACCAGCGGCCAAUUCCACUGUACUCCAUGCAGCAAGCCUUUCCCUAA